CUAUUAAAGGAAAACAUUAAAAUGUUACGCGGUAUAUUACGAGUUACGUUGCUGCUUAUAUCCUGAGGUGCUGCAUCUCAAUCAAAGAAGCUUCGUACAUCUGCUCUGUGACUAGAUGGAGACGUCGCUGUUGAUAUUAGAAAACAAAUCGGUUAUCGUAUAACGCAUCUUUUAUUACGCUUCUCUGCUUUUUCAGUUGGACUUUUACCGAUAUUUUUCAAAAUGCUCUUCUUUCAAACCCAUCCGGGAAACAUCCUUGUGUUCGUGGCAGUGGCUGUUAUUGUGGGAUAUUCAAGUGUGGUGGCGGCUCCAUCUGCUUUUUCCGGUGGCUCGUCAGUGGCUGCCACUGAUGACACCCCGUACGACUCAGAUCCGGACAACUACACUUCUUCGUUUGAAGAUUCCGAUCAUCACACACCGGAAGUUCCUGAUCUGCGCAUUCCGUCAGUGAAAAUUCGCGACAAGGAUGUGCACGAUGUACAAAGUGUCUUAAUCGGCGGUGUAACAACCGUUCAGAAUUCACUGAUCAAUUUCCUUUCGGGUAUCUUUGACAGCGUGAAGAAGGUGAUUGAAACUAGCUCCGGAAAAGUGGUCAACAUUCUUAAUGACUCCGUCAAUCGUACAAAUGCGGUCAAUGCGGAUUAUCUGGCGACCGGAAAAGAAAUUGUGGACACGUUCAGCCAGUCCUUCAAGAACAGCACAAAACUGACGAAGAAUUUAGUAGGGGCUUUUUCUUCGCGUGGUGGUGGAGGAAAAGCGCUGGAUGACGUUGAUUUCGAUUGAACAGUUCGAAACGCACUCCAGUACGGUUUAAUGAAAACCGGGUAUCGGAAAAUCUAACUAAAUCUUUCCGUAUUGCAUUGUCCAAAAAGAUGUUUUGCUCUAAAAUAAUUAUGAACUGGAUUUUUGGAUAUUAGUGAUGACAAUAAGCUCUUCUCUUUCCGAGCCGUGGCAUUCACAUGCAUGUACGUAUACGGUUUUAUAGUAUUAUGACUAUUGUUAUUGGUUGCGGUACGCGUGAAAACAUCUAUUACAAACUGUCUCGUACGGUUAUUACAACCGACCGCAUUAAAAGUUUUUCAGUCCGAAUAAUAUUU